CAAGAGGACUGGGAGAUGGCUGUACUGUUCUUCUCCCGCGCCCUCCACCUGGAUCCCAAGCUGGUAGACUUCUACGCCUUGCGGGCCGAGGCCUACAUCCAGCUCUGCGAUUUCUCCUCGGCCUCCCAGAACUUGCGAAGGGCUUAUUCCUUCGAACCAGAGAACACCAAGUACCAGGAGCGGCUCACCUUUGUGCUUUAUGUGCAGGGCCAGUGCCUCUUUGAGCAAUGUGCCUACCAGGAUGCCCUGACCGUCUUCUCUCAAGCCUCUGAGCUCCAGCCUCAGAAACCCUACUUCCGCUACCGAUGCAUGGCCUGUCUCCUGGCCCUCAAACGGUAUCGUGAAUGCCUCACACUUGUCACCAAGGAACUGAAGCAUGGCACGACCAACGCUGAUGUCUACAUUCUCCGGGCCAGGCUCUACAACUUCUUCCAGAAGCCCAACCUCUGCUACCGGGACCUGCAUAACAGCUUGCUUCUGGAGCCCAAGCACCCACAGGCCAAGGCACUGCUCAAGACGAUGGUGAACCAGGCCCAGCAGGCGCGCCAAGAUGCGGGGAUCUUUGCUGUGCGGGGCGACAUGCAGCACGCACUGCGGUGCAUCAACUGCGCCAUUGAGAACAGCCCUCUGGACCCCAGCCUCUUCCUUUUCCGGGGCACCAUGUACCGACGGCUCCAGGAGUUUGAUGGUGCUGUGGAGGACUUCCUGAAGGCGCUGGACAUGGUGCCUGAGAACGAGGAGGACAUGGUGCGGCAGGUGCAGCGGCAGCUGCUUCUGGCCUACAAUGACUUUGCAGUGCACUGCUACAUGCAGGGUGCCUACCAGGAGAGCGUGCUGCUGCUGAACAAGGUCCUCAAGGAUGAGCAGCAGGAGAAAGGCUUCUAUAUCAACCGUGGUGAUUGCUUCUUCCAGCUGGGCAACCUGGCCUUUGCUGAGGCGGACUACGAGCAGGCGCUAGCGCUCAGCCCGAAGGAUCCGGGGGCCAAUCUGCGCAUGAGCCUGCUGCAGGAGAAGAUGGGCUUCUGCGAGCAGAGGCGCAGGCAGUUCCACAAGGCAGAGGACCACUUCUCAAUGGCCAUCCAGCACAGCCCCCAGAAGGCUCGGUACUACCUGCAGCGGGCCAAGAGCCGACAGCUGCUGCAGAACUUUUGGGGGGCCCGCCAGGAUGUUGCUACUGUCCUGCUUCUCGAACCUGAACAACCACAGCUGCUCCCGCUGAUGACCAACCUCUUCCCGGGCAUGUCGGUGGAUGAUGUGCUUGGCAGCCAUGUGGCCCGCCUAGCCAAGCUGCAGCUGGAGCGGGCGAUGGAGAGCAGUCCAGAGUCCAGCAUCCCGAAAGGCAUUGUGGGGUUGCUUCGGGAGCGGGAAUUAGAGCGCCAGAAGGCCCGUGCCCUGCGGCGUGAGUGGAAGGUGGAGCAGCCUUCCUCCGAAGAGCUGAAGGUCACCCACCAGGCCCUGCAGAAAGGUCCAGAGGAAGAAGCUGAGGCCCCGGAGGAGGAGAAGGAAAAGGAGGAGGAGCCUGAGCACCCCCCUGACAAGGAGACGUCCCUGUCUAGCAACUACAUCGACCAGACCUCCUCAGGCUCCAUCUUGGGCUUCAUAGCCACAUCCACCUCAGAGACAGAGAUGUCCAGUACCUGCCAGGAGUACAGGAGCACUUCAGCCACUGCUGUGACAUUCACUGACUCCUCACAGCUGAAGACUCAAUCCUCAGACUCUGGGACCAAUGCAGAGGAUCCAAGUCUGAGCCAGAACCCCAGCAAAACCAAGCCUGCCCUUGGGCUGAGCUGGAGCCUCAGCAAGACCGAAGAAUCCCAGGGUCCAAGGCAUAGGCCCAGCAAGAUUGAAGAGACUCAGGACCCGAGGCAGAGGCCCAGCAAGACCGAGGACACCCAAGGCCCAAGGCAGAGGCCCAGCAAGACUGAAGAGACUCAGGACCCGAGGCAGAGGCCCAGCAAGACCAAGGAAAACCAGGGCCCAGGGCAGAGUUCCAGCAAGACCGAGGACACCGGGGGACCAAGGCGGAGGCUCAGGAAGGCGAAGGUUGCCCAGGGCUGGAGCUGGGGACCCAGCAAGUUCCCCACCCAUGGCCACGCCUGGGGACUGAAUCGAAGCUCCAGCAAGACUAAGGAUUUCUAUGACCUCAGUCUGAGCCCCAGCAAAACAGAUGCUACUCAGGGCGGGAAACAGAGGCCCAGCAAGGACGAUACCACCCAGGAUCAGAAUUGGGAACUAAACAAGACAAAGGUUUUCUGUGACCUACGUCAGAAACCUAGCAAGACCAAAGCUGUCCAGGUCCAGAGCCAGAGACUCAGCAAGACUAAGGGUGCCCAAGGCUGGAGCCGGGAACCAAGGUCAAGACCCAGCAAGACCAAGGUUGCACAAGGCACAAGCCAGAACCCCAGUAAGACUAAGGCCAUGCACAGCCCAAGCCAAAGUCUCCACGAGGUUCAGUCUGCCCAGAGGUGGAGCCAGGGACCAAGCCAAAGUCCCAGCAAGACCAAGGCCAGCUGGGGCCUGAGCUCAAGUUCCAGCAACACUGAGUCCAUCUGGGGACCGAGUCCAAAUCCCAGCAAGACUGAGUACACCUGGGACCUGAGCUAUAGUCCCAACAAAACCGAUGCCACCCAGGGUCUGAGCCAGAGCCCCAGCGAAACCGAGGCUGACCAGAGCCACAGCCCCAGCAGGAAUACUGCUCCCUGAAGGAGCCACUAAGCCCCACACUACCUGCUGGGGAAGAGAGAGGUCCUACCCCCACGCACUGGUACCCAACCCACUCGGCAAAGCUGGCUCCUCCCAGAGCAGGCAGAAACUUCAGCCAGCAUUCCUCUGGUU